ACAACAUUCCGAAACCAUAACAUAUGAUUCAUUUAUGUCUUCAAUCUUUCUCUCUUCUCCACAGAAUCAUCUCUUUCUAAAUUGAGUCAUAUACUUGCCCACAAGCUACUAAAGAGGAAAACAAAACAAAAUAAAAAGGAUUUUCUCAGAGAAAUAAUGCAAGCAAUGAACCAGUUCGAUCCGACGUCGUCUCACGACGAUUUCCUCGACCAGAUUCUCUCUUCUGUUCCUUCUUCUUCACCCUGUUGGCCUGACCUUUCCAAAUCCUGGGACCCACACCACCACCUCUCUCCGCCGCUGCUGCCUAACCCUAACUCCGGCGAUGACCACCAGCCUCCUCCUAAUCCUCUUCAGCAUUUCCAAUACGACGACCAGUCUUCUUCUUUCCUUGCUGCCAAGCUCCGCCAGCACCAGAUCACUGGUGGCGGUGGCGGUGGUGGCGGCGCUGUAGCAGCUGCUAAAGCACUUUUGCUCCAGCAGCAACUUUUGCUUUCUAGAACACUCGCCGGAAACGGCCUUAGGUCUCCUACUGGAGCCUCCGGCGAUAACGGCUUCCUUAACAUGCUCGGUAAUGGUGACCAAAACGACGGCGUCGGAAAUCCGGCUAAUGACAGUUCCGUUCAAGCUCUUUUCAACGGAUUCACCGGAUCUCUUGGUCAAAACUCAAGUCAACCUCAACAUUUUCACCAUCCUCAGGGAGGAUCGAUGCAGGCGCAGAGUUUCGGAGCUCCGGCAACGGCGCCGGCGAUGAAUCAAACUCCGGCAGCAAGUGGUUCAGCUGGUGGAGUUACAACGCCGGCGGCACAGCCAAAGCAACAGCGAGUGAGAGCUCGUAGAGGACAAGCAACUGAUCCUCACAGUAUUGCUGAACGAUUACGUAGAGAGAGAAUUGCAGAGAGAAUGAAGGCAUUGCAGGAGCUGGUACCCAAUGCCAAUAAGACGGACAAGGCUUCAAUGCUGGAUGAGAUCAUCGACUAUGUCAAAUUCCUCCAGCUCCAAGUCAAAGUUCUGAGUAUGAGCAGAUUGGGCGGUGCUGCAGCCGUUGCUCCCCUAGUUGCUGAUAUGUCCUCUGAGGGAAGAGGAGAAGGAAAUGGAGGAAGGGGAGGAAACGGAACGGCGUCGUCUUCAAACAAUGACAGUAUGACGGUAACGGAGCACCAGGUGGCUAAACUGAUGGAAGAAGAUAUGGGUUCAGCUAUGCAAUAUCUCCAAGGGAAAGGCCUAUGCCUAAUGCCAAUUUCCUUAGCUACAGCUAUUUCAACUGCCACGUGUCACUCCAGGAACCCCAUGAUCCCUAACGGUAACGGUGGCAACAACCCACUACUCGGCGGAGGAGGAGGCCCCGCCACCAACGGCGGUGGUGGCGAGGCUGGUGGACCAUCCUCUCCUAACUUGUCGGUUUUGACUGUCCAGUCAGCCACGAUUGGUAACGGCGGAAUUGAUCCCUCUGUUAAAGACGCUGCUUCUGUUUCUGAAGCUUAAGAAGUUUGUUUGGAGGUUUUUUAACGGCGUUGACUGUUUCACUGACCCCAAAAUAGUGCGUGGCCGUCAAAGUCAAGUCUACCAAAAUAAGGGUCUUUUAGUCUUUAUUUCCUCGUUUUCUUUUUUUAUGUCACAUGAAAAGGAAAAAAAAAAAAGAGAACCGAGAACGACGCCGUAUUUAGGUAGACUUGGCUUAAGUAAGCUUAACUUAAGCUAAUUGGCAACUAAGGACUCAUGUUUCUUUUAAUCUUUUCUUCUUAACGAUGAUCUUUAUCUUUCCUUGUUCUACUUAAGUUUUUUGGUUAAUAUUGUUUUAGAAAG